ACCUACCUAAUUGCUAAAUCUAAGCCUUAUCUAAGCCUAGUAAAUCUACAAAAUAUUAAUUUAUAUUGAAAAACAGAAAUGGCUGAAAUGUUAAAAGAAUGGCUUACUAAACGCUUACAGCGUCCAAUAACAUGGGAGGCUGAAGAGUUUGGAAAUAAAAUGAAAAACGGUUACAUCGUAUCAUGCGUUUUACGAAGCUAUCAUGUCAUUAAUGAUGAAAAACAUUAUCUAAUAAGGUCAGGUAAUAUCGAUGUAGACAUUAAAAACAACUGGAGAUUGCUAAAAGAAUGGCUGCGUGAUUUAGAAAUAAAUUUGACUGAUGAUGAUACACAAAACAUUAUAGAAGGCAAAGGUUCUACAUUGCUUCGCCUAUUUUAUCAACUCUUCCUUCACUUAGACAAGAUGGAUCGCACUAACUUCAUUAAAGAAGAAAGAAAAAAAGUAUCGAGUUUAGUAGAUAAAAUGGAACAUCGAUUUACAGUUAAAAGGGUGGAAGAGGAAGAAGAAUCUUUUGUUGAUGAUCUUUCCAAACCUUUGUUAGAUCAAAAACUAUUUAUUGAAUGGCAGAGAAAAAAGGAAAAGGAGGUUAAAGAAACGUACGAUUACAUGCGACAUAAAUAUUCAAAAAUGUUAGAAAAAAUUGAAGAAUCUAAAGUACCACUGCAACAUCCAGAAGGAAUAGUGAAAAAAAGAACUAUGAUAAAUAAAAAAGAAAUGGAUGAAUUUUCAUUGAAAUAUCCUUGUGAAUUCAAAAAUUAUACCUAUGAAGACCUGCUUGAUUUAGAACAAAAAGCUGUAGACAGGCAGAAAUCACUUAUAGAUACUGAAUGGGCUAAAAAUUACAUGGAUAACCUUUACAGUAGAAUGCACAAAAAGUCUGAUUCACAAGAAUUUCAAAAACAAAUAAGAAAUGUUAUAAGUGGAUCAUUAUGGGAUCUUUCGAUUGCUGAAGAAGAAUCUAAAUUGGAUACAGAGCUCUCCAAAAAAGUGAUGAAAUUGUCACAGUUUGAAAAACAAAUGUGUACUCAAAUCAUGGAAACUAAGCAGCAAGCACGUAACUUAGCAAAAAAUAGAAUUCAAGGAGAAAUAGAGUUUGCUGACCAGAGAACCCGUCAAUUUAUUCAAUUUCUUGAUAACGUGAAAGAAGAAAUUAAUUUAGGAAUGGUUGAGAUUGAUUUUGAAAAGAAAAGACAAAAUAUGCUGCACAAGAAAUUAUAUGCAGAGAAAAUUAAAAGAAAAAGACAGCACUAUUAUGAAAUAUGCUAUGAUACACUACUAUCUAUUGUUGACUUUGCGACAAAAUAUGCGUAUUUCUCAAGAUUAUUGAAUGAUGACAUACCAGACCAUUUUAUCCACGAAUGGAAAGCGUUAUACUUUAAACAUCAACCUAUAUUUGAUAUUUGUCAACCGAUGGAAAAUAUUUUAGAAGACAUCGGAAUCGAGGAAGAGGCAGAUCCCAAAGAAGAAGAAAUUAUACGGCUCGAAUUAGACAGACAAGAAGCUUUGAAUGAUAGCGACUUUAAUGAAUACCACAAUUAUCUACAUCCUUGGACAUUGAAUUUGUUAAUUCCAAAUUACGAUCCAGAAUCGGAAGAAAGAAAAUAUGAAUACUUAGGAUCUAAAAUAAUGGGGCACUUAGUGUAUACUCUUCUUGAAAUGAAGUAUCCAUAUCCCCCUCAAAGACCACCAGCUGAUUUACCCACUUAUUCUGCAAAAGCUAUUGUUCGUGGUCUCCCUGAUAGAUCAAUUACAUUCGCAAUGCAAACACUUCUUAAUAACCAAAAAAUACAUGUCGUGCGCCUGGAAUCUGCUAUUAAUUAUUGUCUAAGGAGGUUUAAAAUUGAAAUGGUAGGAUGCACAGAUAUUGAGUUAUCAUUUGACAAUUUCAUGGCCGCUGCUCGAGAAGAUAAGGAUAAAGAGUUAAUUAAAUUAAUGAAAACUGAAGGUGACGUUCUAAGUAAAAGUAAUGAGGUAGUUACUCCCUUAUCAGGACCUUUAGUCGCUAAUACUAAACAAACUCAAACACCGAAAACCAUCCCAGAAGAAGAAAUUACCUUAUCAAAUCCAGCAGAACUUGGUCGAUAUGCAUACCAAUCAUUAAAUUUUGGUGAUUCUCUUACUGCUCAUUUAUUAUCUGCUAUGAUAGUUGAGUAUUUAAAAGAUCAAGAUAAUAUUAAUGGAUUCGUAAUUAUAAACUAUCCGAACUCUUAUCGCGAAGCACAAAUUUUAGAGGAAACAUUUUCGGGGCGAGCUCCACCGGAUGAAGAAGAACUUGAUGACCGGGAUGAAAUUUAUCUUGAAGAGAGCAUUAUUAAGCAUAGAAAAAAAGAAUAUGAUCCAUAUAAAGAAGUAAGAAUUUCUAAACUCGUAAAUGAUCCCCAUAAAAAAAGAAUCACAACACCAUUUACAAGUUAUUUUAGUUGCUACCUUAAUCUAAAGGAAACCGAAGAUAUUCUGCAGGAGUUUGUCAUUUGGUAUUUAACAGAAGAAAAUUCUGAUAUGAUUGAUAGAUUUUACGCUGCGUUAGGAAUCAAUUAUAGUAUGUACUACGAAAUAAUAGAAAAAGAACAACUUUCUUUAAUAUGCAAAUACAUAAUAGGUGAUUAUGCAUUGCAAGUAACGUCAGUCGAAUUAUUAUUUGGAGAAAAUGUUUUAAGUUGUCUCGAUUUUCCUAGUUCUGACGACAAAAGAACUAAGUCUAAAAUUGUCAAGCCUGAAACGUCUAUUGAAAAAUCAAAAGAAAAAUUCGGUCGUUAUUCAAAAUCUAGUAAGUCUUUAUCUUUUGUUAAUGAUUUUGAAGUUGUAAAGACACCUGAUUCAGUAGGAAAUGUUCAAAAUGAUGACACUAUAAUUGUUGAAAACACUGAGUUGCAAGAAAUUGAAAGUAAGUCUUCUAGAACGCUUACCAGUGUAGAAGAAAUAAACCUAUUAGCAGGUGAAGAGGACUGGGUCUACGGUAAAUUACCUAUAUCUGAGAUUAUAGGUGUAGCAUUAGCAACUUGCUGGGAACAAAUAGAGAAAACAUACAUACACGACAUGCAGCAACUAUUUUUUGGAAUACGCCUACAGAUGAAUUGCCUUAUUCCAUAUACCAGAUUUAUAAAAGAUAAAAUGGAACAAAUAAUAACGCUUCCCUCUCCUAAACAAGAUUUAGUAAGUAUUUUUCAACAAGAAUAUAACAAUUUUGAAAAUGACUGGCGUGACAUAAAUUUGGCUAAAAAUGAAUGGCACUGCAGAAUAAAAGAGUUGCAAAAAAAGCUUUAUAAAAUAUGUGACGAAAGAAAGUUACAUGCCGAGACGCAGAGAAAUUCACUAAUAUGUGAAAAUUGGUGUAUGGAAGAAUUAACGACUAUGGUUAACACAUACAUUUCUUGUAUGCAGACAGAAUUGAAUAGAGCUAUGUUGACAUACCAAAGUUUGCAUGACUUUUAUUUUGCAAUGAUAAAAGGUUCUCCACCUCAAGACAGGUUAACUUCUAAAGAGUUAACUAAAAUAUUCAAAGAAUCCGAUGAAACAUCUGGAAGUAGAAAAGGAGGAGAAGAUAAGGUAUAUCGACAACUGAAAAAUUCUUUCCAAGAUAUACAGUUAAGAAAUAUUGAAAUAGACUUCAGCAACAAUCCUUUUAAUAUGAUAAUAGAAAACAAUGUUAAAUUUGCUCUUAAAUUAAUUAAAGAUGUCAACGAUUCAUACAGAUCACUUAUAAGUCGUGAAUAUAGUGAGAUAGCUAGAAUAGUUACACAAACAAAAAAGAAAGAAGAAAAUACAUCAGAAGAUUCAGUUAAUAAUGAAGAAACUUUUAAAUUGAACGCCCUUAAAUGCAUAGAUGAGUGGACGAUGGGAAUUAAUGGUGAAAUGUUUAGAGCCAAUCUACGUCUGCUUGCUUUACAAUACAAAUGUUAUAAAGACAUGAAAUUAUUUAAUGACAAUAUUUACAAAGCAUUUAAGGACGUCCAGAAUUACAUAGAUGACUAUUAUUUAAAUGAGAUUAAAUCUGUAGAUCGCCUUUGUAAAUAUUUGCAAAUGGCUGUAGAAGGUGGCAAAAGGAUUCCAGAAAAUCUUAUACUCGAGCAGGAUACAUUCAUUAUAGAUCCAAAUUUGUUACAUUUUCCUGCAACAGAACCGGAACGUGGAGGAAAAUUAGCUAAAGAAAUUGUAACCAAUUUAGAAUUCAAAGUUGGAGAGCUAGCUAGAUUGCGUACUCAGUUUAAAAUUGUAGCACCAACAGGUAUAGCAUUGCAACAAGCUUUUAUUUUUUUACUACAAGAUUUCUUAUAUUUUGGCAAGGAAUCUUGCGAUGGUUCAUUGUUUCCCGAGGAAUGGAAACGCUUAGACCCCGAACAAAUUCCUAAAUUAGUAUUUUUGUUAUUCGGAGAUACUGCAUACAUUCAUUGGAGAGAUUUUCUGAUCUAUUGCCUCAAUAUAAGAUUUCCAACUGUAGAAGAAUUAUUGUUACUUCGUAAAAACUUUCGUUGUCAAGAUCCUGAAUCAACAGAAUUGAUUUCUAGAGAAGACUAUAGCAAAGAAUCACUUUGGUUUGAAGAUGAUUUUGAUCCAGAAGAUAGACAUGCUCAAUUAAGAAAAACCUUAAUUAAACAUUUUCUAUUUGAACUUUUCGAAACUGCUGAGAAUGUUAUGAACUACUCUGCAUUUUUGUUGGCUUUUUGUAAGAGUGCAGAUCCAAUCGAAGGUUUUGCUAAAGCAUUAUCAAUGGCUGUUGGCAAAAAGAUUUGCUUCAGCUUAACAGAAUGCGAAGAAGUGGUGUGUAAGUUGAUAAGAGAUAAGAAAUAUAAAGAUGAGUGUUUAGCUUGCGCUCUCAAAUGUACAACUCAAUUUCUAGAUAAGCUUAUAACAAACGUGAUUAAUACUUGCGUGGGGACUACUAUUUAUGAGCUUGAGUAUACGGAACCCCCACCCGAUUCAGAUAAAAAAGGCAGUAGAGGUAAAGUAGGUGGAAAAGCCAAAAAAGUUCAAAGUUCUAUGAGUGCUCGUUUACCUAGAACGCAAAAAAGUCUUACAGGUCGGAACAAGACACAAUCUGCUACUGACGUCAAAUCUACUUAUAUCUGUAGGCCUUGCGAGGAAGAUACUGUAAUACUUGAAGAGAAGCCACUAGAGAUUGUAGAACCAGAGGAAGAACCAAAAAUUGAACCACAAGUAGAUCCUAAUUUAGUUUAUUCUGUUAGCCAGAACGUUAUAUGGAACGUGCUCAAUGUUUGCUUACCAUGGUACUUUUGGUUAGCACCUGAAGAAAAAGCUACACCAUAUAAACAACAGGUGGAAGAAGUUAUGAAACGACUCGAAGUUAACACUGAUAAUAAAGAUAUUUACGUGUGCCAGUUUGUGUCUGAUGCUAAUGUUUGUAAAAUUCUACACAAAUCGAAGAAGUUUGUCGCAUUGAAUUUAGCGGAAGAAAUACAAAAUGUAUGUACGUGAGAAUAGUGGAAUUAUACAACACUGUAACGUUUUCGACAUGCAUUGCUAUUUUUUACUUCAUAUUUAAAAAGCGGAUA